AUGAAGCUACAAAUCCCCAAUCCGGGCCUGGAGGACAGGUUACUGUCCUACGAGGAGCUGGACAAGCUGGAGGAGGACGAGGCUGGAGAUCGACCAAAAUGGGACAACAAGACGCAGUACAUGCUGACGUGUGUGGGGUUUUGUGUGGGGCUCGGAAAUGUCUGGCGCUUCCCCUAUCUGUGCCAGAGUCAUGGAGGAGGUGCAUUUAUGAUACCGUUUCUGAUCCUACUGGUCCUUGAAGGAAUCCCACUUCUGCAUCUGGAGUUUGCCAUCGGUCAGCGUAUAAGAAAAGGGAACUUGAAGUUGUGGGGUACAAUUCAUCCUUAUUUAGUUGGUAUUGGAAUUGCAUCCAUGUGUGUGUCUCUUACAAUCAGUCUCUACUACAACACCAUCCUUGCCUGGAUUAUGUGGUACUUCUUCAACUCAUUCCAGGAGCCUCUGCCAUGGAGUCAAUGUCCUCUGAACGCCAAUUCAACAGGAUAUAUCCCAGAGUGUGAGAAGAGCUCUCCCGUGGAUUAUUUCUGGUACAGGGAGACCUUGAACACAUCUCCUGCGAUUGAGAGCGACGGUGGGCUGCAGUGGUGGAUGUUGUUGUGCCAUAUCUGUGCAUGGUCCGUGCUCUACAUUUGCAUCAUUCGUGGGAUUGAGACCACAGGAAAGGCUGUGUAUGUGACCUCAACUCUUCCUUAUGUGGUGCUGACGAUCUUUCUGAUCAGAGGACUGACUCUAAAAGGAUCUUUGAAUGGACUAAAGUUUCUCUUCACGCCGGAUGUUGCAGAGCUGGCAAAGCCAUCAACCUGGCUUGAUGCAGGUGCUCAGGUUUUCUAUUCCUUCUCUCUGGCUUUCGGUGGUCUCAUUUCCUUCUCCAGCUACAACUCAGUGCACAACAACUGUGAACAGGACGCAGUGAUCAUCUCCGUCAUCAAUGGUUUCACCUCUGUCUUUUCUGCAACUGUCAUUUACACCAUUAUCGGCUUCAGAGCGACAGAGAGAUUCGACAGCUGUGUUUCUGGAAACAUCCUAGAAUUGUUAAAUACAUUUAAUCUGGCUGAGGGCGCCGUCACUGAAAGCAACUACAUUGACGCCCUUCAAUAUUACAAUGAAACAAACCCUGGUGUUGUUCAAGGGUUGGAUCUGAAAACCUGCAACUUGGACACUUUUCUCAGUGAGGGAGUUGAAGGAACUGGUUUAGCCUUCAUUGUGUUCACUGAGGCUAUCACCAAGAUGCCGCUCUCACCGCUGUGGUCCGUCCUCUUCUUUGUCAUGCUCUUCUGCCUGGGCCUCUCUUCUAUGUUUGGUAACAUUGAGGGAGUACUAGUGCCACUGCAAGACCUGGGCGUUUUCCCAAAGUCAUGGCCAAAGGAGGCCCGCACUGGUGUAUCAUGUCUAGUGUGCUGUCUGGUGGGUCUGAUAUUUGUCCAAGGCUCAGGAAACUACUGGCUUGCUCUCUUUGACACUUACGGAGGAUCCAUCCCCCUGCUGGUUGUUGCCUUCUGCGAAAUGUUCUCAGUGGUAUACAUUUAUGGAAUAGAUAGGUUCAAUGACGACAUUGAGUUCAUGAUUGGACACAAACCCAACAUCUUCUGGCAGGCAACUUGGAGAGUCAUCAGCCCACUCAUCAUGUUUGUCAUCUUGGUCUUUUACUUUGUCACUAAAGUUUCAGAAAAGAUCUUUUACAAAGUUUGGGAUCCAGAAUCGGAGAAUUUCCCGGUCCUGGAGGACAAACCAUAUCCUGUCUGGAUCAAUGUGAUAAUUUUUAUAUUAGCAGGAAUACCCAGUCUCGCUGUACCUUGUGUUGCCCUCUGGAAAUGUAUCAGGAGAAAGACAAAGAAAAGUGAAAAGUCAGACUUCAAUAUGUCAGACUAA